CCCGGAAGACACAAUCAAAACGAAGUCCGUACCUCAUAUAUCGCAUGUGAGUUCGUAGCAAUAUUCGAUCUAUCCGUCGAUAUUCUGGUGCUGGGCUGCUAAGUCGUGUCUGUUGCUGGUAGCCAAAUGACGGACAGCUCGACUAUCUCCCAAUUUACGAGACCAGCUUUGCUUUGCACGCCAUCUCUGCCGUACGAGGUGAUCCAACUGAUCAUUGAGUGCUAUAUCGAUCUAAGAGCCAAGGAAGUUGGAAAGCUGCUGCUGCGGCGGGAACGCAUCGGCCGACAGGAGAAAGAAGUCACUCUCUACCCGAUUCUGGCAAUAUUGAUCACCUCAAAGUGGUUUCAUAGUACCACAAUUCCACUUAUCUACAAGGACAUUUCGCUCAACUCUCAAAGAGCUUUGAACGGAUUCAUCAUCGGACCCUCAUUCAAUUCCUACAAGCACGUCAAACACAUACAUGUCGGAUCCAUCUCCGGGUCAUUCAUCUCAUUUCGCUCGGCGGAGCAACACUCGGAUAUCGCACUGGUACACUUGUCUGGCGUAGGUGGAUAUGAUGUGCUCGAGAGGUUGAAUAAACUCUUUGACAUCAAGCACGUAGUCAUAGACGAUUUCAGGUCUUAUGCAAAGGUUUAUCCACCACUAGGCAUGUUCAGACGAAACCAAGCUAUCACACUCCGCUGUGAUCCCUUUCGGAUAUACAACUGUCGGGGUCAGGUCCCUGUCGAUGAACGGCUCUUGGGGGGCCCCUUGUUUCACCCCGAUCUGUUCCUGGAGAUUGGUUGGCCUCGUAACAACACCUUUGACCAGAUCUCGACCCGUUAUCGUGCCUGGAUGUCGAUCGGGAAACUCGUCAAGCACUUUAGCGGACACAUCGCUUCAUCCUCGCCAUUCACCCGCAUUGUCAUCAGCCCUUAUCUUGGACAAGAUGGGAGUGAUCAUCGCUUUUGCUUCGGUAGAAACCCUCCCCGAGUCGAAGCUCCACCCAAUCGCCCCAAGAUCGAUUUCCAGUCCGAUUGCAGUUGUGGGAACGGAGACAGCAGCGGCUUCUGGGAAGAACUCGAAGAAUUUAUCCUGGACUGCUAUUAUGAGCUCUGAUCUCGGACGACGGACCAUCGACCUUCUCAGCGUGAGCCACUGUGCCAGAUGAGCCCUGCCCAAAUGCGCAGCAACUUCUCUCAUCGCAUAGCCUAUGGGGUUCGGCUUGACUUCCGAUAGCACGAGCCUGGCCGGGAUUCCUGCUUCUCGACAAUCUGCUUGAUUCGCAUUUGUACUUUCGCCUGGACGUACGAUCGAGUUUCCCAUACUGUUUGUAUCUCUGUGUUCGCAUCCAGUAUGAGGACAUGACUACUACUACUGUACCGACCAGGAUAACUGUCCCUUUUGG